AUGGCUGAUCCAUCAGGCGUGCUCAGCUGCUGCUUGAUGUCUCAGCAAGGCUGUCUGUGCUGCCACAAGCAGGCAGAACUCCAGCUUGGUGGCUCAGUGGUGGACCUGCGGUGGCCGUGCCUGCUGCUGCGCGCCAUCGGCCUGUGGGCGCCGGAGCGGGGGUGCCUCCGCCGGCUCUACUCGGCCUACACACUGUGGUCGCUGCUGCAGCUGGUGGCGAGCGUCGCGGGGCAGUUGGCAGGCCUGCGCGGCCACUGGGACCACCUGCCCACAGUCGCCACCUCCGUCUGCCUCGUUGUCACCUCCGUCUGCACUUUGUUCAAGGCGUCGUCGUUCGCGCUGCGGCGGCGGCGCGUGGACGCGCUGGUGCGCCGCGUGGCCGCCAACCUGUCUCGCUUCUGCGCGCACCGGCCGCGCGCCAGAGCCGCCGUGGUGCGGGGGGCGCGCGCGCGCGCGCUGCGCAUGGUCACCACCUUCCUGGGCAUCGGCGGCGUCGCGCUCGUCUUCUUCUACCUCGGGCCUGUCAUACAGAACGUCAAGGACAACAGGCUGAAGGCCGCGGCCGCAGCGAACGCGACGCUGGACCCGCUGCUGGGCCGCAACCUGGCGAUGCUGCUGUGGUGGCCGCGCGGGCAGCCGGUGGGGACGCCCGCCUACCAGCUGGCCUACGUGGGCGUCUGCUACUGGCUGAUGCUGCUCUACCUCUCCACCAGCACGCUCGACACCUUCUACGUCACGCUCAUCAUCUACCUGUCCUCGCAGCUCAAGGUCCUCAACAUCGACUUCCUCUCCAUCGCGGAAGGCGCUGACGGCGGCGGCGACGACGACAGCCUCGAAGAGCAGGGGAGGCCCCUCAGCAGGCCGGAGUCAGCGCACAAGCUGCCGGUGAAACUUCGAAAAGCAUACGACGAGACGACAGCCCAAAGGACCCACGAGAGGCUGUUAGAAUGCAUCAUCUUCCACCAGGAAGUUAUAAAGUUGCGUAUUACUUGGAUACCUGUAUCUGUACUACGAGGGCAGUUCAAUAAGUAA